UCCAGUUACUUCCCACAUGAGUGAUUGUUUACGCCUACAAACCUGCUCGUGAACUGGAUGUUGUCGAUGGCCCCAGAAGGAUCAGCAGUCAAGCAAUUCCCCAUUCUAAACAUUUGGAUGAAGGCGUCGAUAUGCUGCGGGGCAAAACCAUUAUCGUGACCGGGGCAAAUAGUGGUAUUGGAAAAGCCACGGCCGCGGAGCUGCUGCGCCGUCAGGGCCGAGUGAUCAUGGCUUGUAGGGACCGAGAACGGGCAGAGAAAGCAGCCCAGGAGAUCCAGCAGGAGGCCGGACCAGAGCAAGGGGAACUAGUGAUCAAACUCUUGGACCUGGCGUCGCUUAAAUCUGUCCGUAUUUUUUGCGAAGAGAUAAUGAAGGAAGAGUCGAGGAUCGACAUCCUGAUCAACAAUGCUGGAAUCUACCAGUGUCCAUACACCAAAUCUGAAGAUGGCUUCGAGAUGCAGUUCGCCGUCAAUCAUCUGGGUCACUUCCUGCUCACUAACCUACUGCUGGACCUACUCAAACGCUCUGCUCCUAGCCGUAUCAUUGUAGUGUCCUCUAAGCUCUACAAGUACGGUGAAAUAAACUUUGACGACCUAAACAGUGAGCAGAGUUAUGAUAAAGCUUUCGCCUACGCACGGAGUAAACUAGCCAAUCUUCUGUUCACUCUGGAGCUCUCGCACCGGCUCGAGGAGACCGGAGUGACAGUAAAUGCUCUCACCCCAGGGAUUGUGCGGACUAACCUGGGCAGGCAUGUCCACAUCCCACUGCUGGUGAAGCCGCUGUUUAACCUGGCUUCACAUGCCUUCUUCAAGUCUCCUGAGGAAGGAGCGCAGACUUCUAUCUAUCUGGCCUGCUCUACGGCUGUGGAGGGCGUUCAGGGGAAGUGCUUUGCUAACUGUCACGAAGAGCAACUAUUGGCUAAGGCCACAGAUGAGGGGGUGGCCAAGAAACUGUGGGACAUCAGUGAGGUGAUGGUGGGAAUCACAACCUGAAAUCUCAAAUUUGAGUCACAUUUUGAAAAAAAUAAAGGACAUCUCUGAGAAAAUAAAGUACGACCAAGUAUUUCUCUUGGAAAGAAAACAUGCAAAAUGUAUGCCUACAUCCACAGGAGGGAGCUGUUUUUGCCAUUCUUAUUUACUUUGCAUUGAAAUGUUGUAAAAUUGCAACUAGCGGAUUGUUAGUUCUGCUGCAACAGUAACAAUGUGUGUGCGGUUAUAUGUUUUAAAUAAAUCCAGAGUCAUCCUCAGUCGUCCUGUUCCCAUGCUCCCGUUCUCAUGCUAGUCAGGUAUAUAGAUUUCAAAACUACAUGUAUUGUUCACGUGUUGGUUAAGACUAGAUCCAGCCUUAAUGGGUAAUUAACAGGAGAAUCAUGCCAACUAAUAUAGUUUACAAGAACUAAACCCUUUCUUUGACUGAAAAUAUGUGCAAAUAGUACUAAAGUUUUCUUAUAGUAAUAUUGUGCCUAACUUUUGCUCUGUUGUUACAUUUUUCAGCUGUUAAUUGUGAAACAGUUAACACUGCAUUUGAUUUGCACAUCUCAUACCGAAGAUCAGUGGACAUUCUCAGAGUAUUUAUUAAAAAUACAUUAAACAGAA